AUGCGCUUCCUAACCUCCGUGUCGUUCCUCCUCUUCACCCUCCUCUCGUCGGCCAGCGCCCAGUUUGGCUUCUUCGACCAGAUGUUCGGCGGCGGGCAGCAGCAGCAACAGCAGCAGCCACAAAACGUACCUAGCGACUCGUCCAUCUACCAAAACAACUUCGACCGCUUGCAUUGCGACAACUAUCUAUGCCCGGAUACUUUAGCUUGCGUACACUUUCCACACCAUUGCCCGUGCCCGUGGCCUGCGAACGAGGACAAAUUCGAGAUGGGCGAAGGACACAGGCUCUGUGUCUCGAAAGGCGGCUUCAGGGACGGCGAAGCUGCUAAGAAGGUCGAGCUCGCGCGCAAGGGGUUGUUAUGA